UUAUAUUUAUAUUUGUACACAUAAAGAGUUGGAGCAAAUUUUCAGAGCCAUAAAGCAAACAUAGACGUAUCAGUGAUCCAAAGAGGUAUAUGAGAAUAAGAAAGGAGAAGGAAUGGAAGAAGAAAAAAGCUUCACCUAUGCCAUUCAGAUUGUGAACACCAGUGUGCUAUCCAUGGCCAUGUACACGGUCAUAGAACUUGGCAUUUUUGACAUCAUAGCCAAAGAAGGUGAGGGUGCCAAACUAUCGGCAAAAGACAUUGCAGAAAAGCUUCCAUGCAAGAACUCAGAAGCAGCCACAAUGCUCGAUCGUAUUCUGAGGCUCCUUGCAUGUCACUCUGUCAUUCACUGCACCGUGGUUGCUGAUGAACAUGGUUCUCCUCCGCAACUGAAGAGGCUCUAUGGAAUGAACCCUGUCGCCAAAUACUUUACUUCCGUUCAUGGUGCUGGCUCUCUUGGCCCUUUGAUGAUGCUGGCUCAGGACAAGGCCUCUCUUAACAGUUGGUACGAACUGAAAGAUGCAAUUCUGGAAGGAGGUAUUCCAUUCGACAGGGCCCAUGGCAAACACGUGUUCGAGUAUUCCGAUAUAAACUCAAGCUUCAAUCAUCUUUUCAUGGCAGCAAUGGCCAACCGUGCAACUUUAAUAAUGACGAAGAUUGUGGAAUCCUACAAGGGAUUUGAGCACAUGAAUAGUGUAGUUGAUGUUGGAGGUGGCCAUGGAGUCUCUCUUAACAUAAUAACUUCAAAAUACCCUCACAUUAAGGGCAUCAACUUUGAUCUGCCUCAUGUCAUCCAACAUGCCUCUCCCUAUCCUGCAGUGGAGCACGUGGGAGGAGAUAUGUUUGAAAGUGUGCCGAAAGCAGAUGCAGUUUUUAUGAUGUGUGUGGUUCAUGAUUGGAGUGAUGAAUGGUGCGUGAAGGUGUUGAAGAACUGCUACGAUGCAGUGCCGAGUGAUGGAAAGGUGAUUGUUGUGGAGGGAGUUCUUCCAUUUGAACCAAAGAUAACAUCUGCAGCAAAGAGCAUUUCCCAGUUUGAUGUUCUGAUGAUGACCACAAACCCAGGUGGGAAGGAGAGAAGUGAAGAGGAAUUCAUGGCAUUGGCAAAAGGAGCUGGAUUCACUGGCAUUAGAUAUACCUGCUUUGUUUGUGACUUAUGGGUUAUGGAAUUCUUAAAGUAGAUAUAUACUCUAUUAUACUU